GAGAACAUUUCAGCGUCCGGAAGUUUGAGAGGAAGGCUUCUGUCUAAAGUCGCCUCUGGAAAGUCCCAAACCAUGAACUACGUUGGCCAGUUGGCAGAGACGGUCUUUGUAACUGUGAAGGAGCUUUAUCGUGGACUAAACCCUGCUACACUCACUGGUGGGAUUGAUGUCAUUGUUGUGCGUCAGCCAGACGGCAGUCUCCAGUGCUCGCCUUUCCACGUGCGCUUUGGAAAACUGGGAGUUCUUCGCUCCAAGGAGAAAGUGGUGGAUAUUGAGAUCAAUGGUGAGCCAGUUGACCUGCACAUGAAACUUGGGGACAAUGGAGAGGCAUUCUUUGUGGAAGAAAAUGAAAGCUUGGAGACAGAACUGCCAGCCUACCUUUGUACCUCACCCAUCCCCAUGGAAGGUCCAGAGGUUUCAGAAGUGACCGCAUCUCCCUCCAGCACCUCAUCUUCAUGUGCACGGCGGAAAAAACGGCGAAAGAAACGUGCCCGCUCUGACGCACACCUCCAUGAGGAUGUUAGCUCUUCCUCAGAGGAGAGGGAGACCCCAGAACAGGACAUCCUGAAAGAGGAGUCGGUGUUCAUAGCGAGCAAGUCAGUGUAUUACUCUCUGUCUGAGGAACCAGGUGAGGAUGUGCUUGGAGCUCAGGCCAGAGACUUGCAUCCUUACUCUGAUGGAGAGUGCUCACCUAAUGAGGGUCUGUUCUAUAGUCGGCCCUCCUCUCCUAAGAGCGACUCUGAGCUGUUGGUGAAGCCUCAGGAAACAUCACGGCCUCAGAUGGAGUGGAACUGGGGUGGAUUUCCCAAGAUGUGUCCAUCUGACCGAGGGAGUACAGAGCGUCUCUUCAACCCUUCCUCUCUCGUUGCCCUUUCUGAGCACUCCCACUUCCGCACCAUCCAACGGCAGGCCGCGUUCGACAUGGAGCUUUCGAAACCCUUGACCGCUGUAACUGUAUUGAGACCAGAACCUUGGAUUCUUGAACCGCAGCCAUGUCACUCGGAAAAUCGUCAUGGAGUUUCCCACUCUACCCCAAACACAGAAGCUUAUUUUCCCACACACCAGACUUCCUCACUCACACUGCCCAACAUGGAGCCUGCAGAGGGCUCUGUGCAGCAGAACACUUCAGAACUGGAGGCCCAGAGUGGCCUGAAUGAUUAUAUUGCUAACACAGUUAGCACAUGUGGCACAGACUGUUAUGCUAGAACUGCAAAUCAAGAUAACACUGAUCACACCAAAAGACCUGCUAAUGCUGAUAGAGUAGUCAGUGCUAUUUAUGACGUUAAUACAAAGAAUGCCAUCUCGGUUUGCUCUGAAUACCAUGCAAGCACUGUUGGUGUAUCUUGUACAGCUGAAUCAGUUAGCAUGGUUCAGUCAGAAACAUUAGCUACCUCUGUCGAUAAAAUCACUACUGAAACAGAUCAGCUCACUAUAGCAGAAAAGGGAGCUUCGGUGGAGAGAGACAGUAGUAUCGAAGCAGUGAUGGAAGGAUUUACAGAGGAGGAAGGAAAGGUGGCCCAGGAAGGUAAGGUCACAGUGACCCCACAGUCCAGUCAGGAGGCAAAAAUUGUUGGAGUGAUGGAAGAAGUGGAAUCUGUUACACGGUUAGAGGAGCAGCCUAGCUUCUCCCAGUCUUCAUCUAAAGCAGCAGAAUCCCAGGGGAAAAAAAAGGGCAAGCGCAGUCAGCAUUUGGGGCCAUCGGAUAUCUAUUUGGAUGAUUUGUCCAAACUUGACCCUGAGGUGGUUGCACUUUAUUUUCCCAGAAGUGAAGGUGACUCUCCUUCCCAAGGUCAUGCUGAGCUUGGUUCAGUCCCACCCAUACAGUCCCCACAGACAGGCCAGCAAUCUCCUCAGUCUCUAAACAAUGCCAAUGUAGACAGUGGGACUGAGUAUCUAUCAGACUCCACCACUGACACUCUGGAUGUUACCAUGUCUCUCUGUGGGACUGAGGGAUACUCCAGGCAGAUCAAGAAAGAAAAGUUUGAGGAGCACAUUGUCACCUACCAAGACUUUGUCAGCAACCCUGGAAUUAUUGAUGACCCAAACCUCGUCAUCUGCAUCAACUCCAAUUAUUACAACUGGGCAGCUGCUGCUCCGAUGAUUCUGUCAAUGCAAGCUUUUCAGAAGAAUUUGCCAAAGAGUGCAGUUGAGCAGCUGGUAAAAGAUAAAAUGUCUAAGAAGUCUGGUCGCUGGUGGUUUUCCUGGCGAAGGAAAGACAUGGAAAACAAUCAGUCAAACUCAAAGCCUGAUUCUGAAGAACAUCAACUUGAGGCGUCAUCUUCUCUUCCUGUAACUCCCCCAGUAAAGAAUCACUCUGGUCAGCUGUCCAGUGAUGACGAUGGUACUGACUCUAACAGGCAGGAUAGUGUGACAGAAGACAUGAGGACUGCACAGUGCCUGACUCAGAUAUACCGCAAAUCCCUCCGCCUCACCUCCCAGCAGAUAGAGCAUCUCAAUUUGCAGGAGGGAGCUAACAAGAUUGUUUUCAGUGUGACCACUCAGUACCAGGGCACUUGCCGUUGUGAAGCUGCCAUCUAUCUUUGGAACUGGGAUGAUAAAGUCAUUAUCUCAGAUAUUGAUGGAACCAUCACCAAGUCAGAUGCGUUAGGUCACAUUCUGCCACAGCUAGGCAAAGACUGGACCCAUCAAGGCAUUGCCAAGCUUUAUCACAAAAUACACCAGAAUGGCUAUAAGUUCCUGUAUUGUUCAGCUCGUGCCAUAGGCAUGGCAAACAUCACCAAAGGCUACCUGCAAUGGGUCAGUGAUAAAGGUAUUGUACUGCCUAAAGGACCUGUGCUGCUUGCUCCGAGCAGCUUAUUCUCAGCUUUACACAGGGAGGUAAUUGAGAAGAAGCCAGAGGUCUUUAAAAUCGCAUGCCUGACUGAUAUUAGAGACCUUUUUCAUCCACACAGACAACCAUUCUACGCUGCCUUUGGCAACAGGACCAAUGAUGCAUUUGCUUAUCAGAAUGUUGGCGUACCUGAGACUCGGAUCUUCACUGUGAACCCUAAGGGGGAGCUUAUACAAGAGAACAGCAAAUCCCACAAGUCCUCGUAUUCUCACUUGAGUGAACUUGUGGAACAUGUCUUCCCUCUCCUCUGUAAAGGCCGGCCUGCAUCCUUUGAUUACCCAGAAUUCAGUCACUUUUCUUUCUGGAGAGAGCCCUUGGCGCCACUGGACCUCUCUUCACUCUAGACUUCCCCAAUUAACGUCCAUGUCUUUCUGGUUUUGCUAAAUCUCCAGCUUCUCUUUACCUCUCUUUAUUAUGACACUAAAAAGCUGAAUGGAAUAAAAGCUGUAAGCCAGAAUGUAAUAAAAGCUGGAUUUUAACUAACUUGUACAAAGUCUGUUCCUACCUGUGUUUCGGCUCACAUGCUAAAACAGAGAAAGGUGUGUUCAGAAAAACCAAAGAUAAUCAUUUGGUAUCAAAUAAAUCCAGUGUUUCCUUUAUCAAUCCCCCCCCCAAUCAUUUAAAAUUUGUGGUUUUGUAUAAUGCAGUGUUUUGUAUUAAGCAUUGUUUGUAUUCUCCUGAAGUUGGUUACGAUGUCUAUCUUAAGAUAAAGUAUUGUGAAUAGAGUUCGAUCUCGCCACUUUCCACUACACGCUUGAGCCCUCAAUCUAUACAGUGAGCCUUGUUAAGAGACACACAAUUCCUAAGGAAGUGACCAUUCCAUGUCAAACUGGAAAUUUUGGUGAGUUUGUAUGCCUGUGAGGCAGCUUAAUUUCCGUGCUGCUUCAGACUAAUCUCAGAGAAAUAAAAUGAGACACGAGUUUUAAAACAUGUGAGAAAUAGUUUGGGAAAUGGUUUUCACAAGAAAAUGGGGGUUUCUUGAUUAGUGCCAAAGCUCUAAUCAUAAAUGUUUUUGUAUUUUUAUUGUAUUUUUUAAUUCCAGUGGAGGUACGAAAGUAUGGUUUAAUAAUUUAAGAGGAUAAUAAUGGGAUACUGGGAUUUCUUUUUGAAUCGCUCCUGAAUAAAUAAAUUCAUAUCAAAUACUUCGUAUUUUAUUUAUGAAUAUUAACCAGGGCUAAAACCUUGUCGAUCAACUAGCUUGCUAUAACUUUUCAGUAGGAUUCAGUGCAUGUAAAUAACUUGACUUCAUGUAGCUACUGUAUACUGCCAUUUUUCCACUUUUUUUUUUUAAUAUCUUUGUUUCAGGUUUGAAUGAUUGAAGUGUUAAACAUGUUUGCUGUGUGUGGAUGGAUUUACAGUAAGAUGUGUAUUUACUGUAGAGGGGUUAUGUGUUGACAGACUGGGAAUGUGAACAGCAGUGGAUGACUGUUACUGCAAAUUAUGUUUAUAGAAAAAUAAAUACAACUCCAACAUUUAUAA